AUGCACGCUGAUGUCUGCUUUCUGCUUUGCGCGUGUUUUUUCUCCACUGGAGCGCUGCAGCUGCGCGAGCGGGUGCUUCAGACGUGCAGCCAAACCAGAUCCAAACGAGACACCACCAGAACCGAGAGAGAAGCACGUAAACCUGGCAGCACUUUACUAAUGAGAAGUCCAGAUGUCACAAAAGCUCCCGUUACGAAAUCAGAACAGCUUCUCAAGUUAGAUGACCACGACUUCACCAUGAGGCCUGGCUUUGGAGGGCCUGCGAUACCCGUGGGUGUUGAUGUUCAGCUUGAGAGUCUGGACACCAUCUCUGAAGUAGAUAUGGACUUCACCAUGACCCUGUACCUGAGACAUUACUGGAAGGACGAGCGACUGUCCUUUCCCAGCAACACCAACCAGAGCAUGACCUUUGAUGGCCGGCUGGUGAAGAAAAUCUGGGUACCUGACAUAUUUUUUGUCCAUUCCAAGCGAUCCUUCAUCCAUGACACCACUACGGAAAACGUCAUGCUCCGAGUGCAUCCUGAUGGCAAAGUGUUGUACAGCUUGAGGGUUACAGUCACAGCGAUGUGCAAUAUGGAUCUCAGCCACUUUCCCCUGGACACCCAGACAUGCUCACUGGAGAUUGAGAGCUAUGCCUAUACUGACGACGACCUUAUGCUGUACUGGAAGAGAGGAAACAAAUCUCUGCAGACGGAUGAGAAGAUCUCUCUGUCUCAGUUCCUCAUUCAGGAGUUUCACACCACCACAAAACUAGCCUUCUACAGCAGCACAGGUUGGUACAAUCGUCUUUACAUCAACUUCACUCUGCGUCGUCAUAUCUUCUUCUUCCUGCUUCAGACGUACUUUCCUGCCACUCUGAUGGUCAUGCUGUCAUGGGUGUCCUUCUGGAUCGACCGGCGAGCUGUUCCUGCGCGGGUUCCUCUGGGCAUCACAACAGUGCUCACCAUGUCCACCAUCAUCACUGGAGUGAACGCCUCCAUGCCCAGAGUCUCCUACAUUAAAGCUGUGGACAUUUAUCUGUGGGUCAGCUUCGUCUUUGUCUUCCUGUCUGUGAUCGAGUACGCCGCUGUCAAUUACCUGUCCACUCUGCAGGAGCGCAAAGAGAGGACGCAAGGCAACAAGCAGUUGCCGUGUACGUGUGGAAUGACCCAUCCUGGUCAGAUGAUGAUGAGCAACAGCUACAGCGACAUGGACAUGAUGACCACAGGGAACUACGGCAUGUCGGAGCUGAACGGAGACAAACAGGAGCAGUUCCUAGUUCAUCUAGUCCUGGAUAAUGAGCAGGGAGCUCAAAGACCUGCUGGAAGCUCAAGCAGCAGCUUAUUUAUAGACACUCAUGCCAUAGACAAAUACUCACGGGUCAUCUUCCCUGGAGCCUACACGCUCUUCAACAUCAUAUACUGGUCCAUCUACUCACAAUGACUGCUGCUCUUUUACAUUAUAUGACAUUUGUGUAAGUCUUGGAAAUACAGAUUACCUUUGAAAAUCUGUUUCUUUUUUUAUUACGCUUGCUUCUCAGCAAUAAAUGAAUACAUAUGACAUGAUGCACUGGUUUUCUCUCCUCAAAGAAAAGGUUUAUUUUUUUCAUUUUUCUUAUAUCUUUUAAUCUGUAGGCUGAAUAGAAAAGAACAUAGAUUUUGUCAAUGAAUAUCAAAUUGCUUAUUCAGAUUUGUUUAGCAGAUUCAAGUCAAAUGUGUAAAUUGUACUGAUGUGAUUGUCCACCGCAUGAACUUUGAAAUGUACGAAAAUGAGCAACAUAGAUCAAAAUAUUUAAAUACAACAUUAUUGUUAUAAUUACAGUAUUAUUUACGGCGGAUUCUUUUCUUUUUUUUUUAAAUGAGUGGUCAUGCAUUUUUAGAUCCUGAAAAAUGUAAGAAAAAAAAGAAAGAAAAGAAAACAGUGGAGUGACUCAAAAAAAUCUAUUUUUAUCUCUUGGGAACUUUGAAAAUAUUGCAAAUCAGGGAAGAUGGAAAAAGAUAUUUCCAUUUGCCCUCAUACAAUGGAUUAAAUCUGUAAUAUUUAUGUGGAACAAAUUUGAAGUUUAUUUAUUCAUUCAUAUAUUUUCGUACACUAACAUUAUAGAUCUUCAGCAUGUUUAAGCAUAAAAUACAUUACCUGUUUGUGUUGAUGCAGCAUAUUGGCAUUAUGCGUCAUGAUCUGAUCAUGUGUCAAAAUAGCUGAAUAAACUCAAAAAUAAUAAACAACUUUUUUUUCUAGCCGUAUUAAAAUUACUGUUCAUAUUAUUUACAUGUUACUGAGUGAAUAUUAUUUUACGAACUACAUGGAAUAUUUUAUUCAUUUUUAAGACCUCGGAACCACUGAAAUGAACCAGUAAAGGCAAAAAUAUGAUUUAAAAAGUGAAAAGUCUGUCUAUUUUAAAAUGUCAUGUUUAAUUCAAAGUGUUACUUACUGUUUCUUUGUAAUUAUUUAUGGAAUUUGCUCAUUUCUGAGUGCUAACCCUAUGCCAUGUUCAGUGCACAUUAGAUUGCAAGAAAAAAAAAAAAA